GUUUCUCCGCGGGACCGCCCGGGGCGGUGGAGGAGGCGGCCGCAGACUUCCUCCUCCUCCUCCUCCUCUUCGUCCUGCUCUUCGUGCUGCUGCCGCUGCCGCCCCGGCCCCGCGCCCGCCGCCGCGCCAUGCCCCGGGGCUGCUGAAGGGACGCCAGCACCGCCGGGAUGCAGAGCAUCAAGUGCGUGGUGGUGGGUGACGGGGCGGUGGGCAAGACCUGCCUGCUCAUCUGCUACACCACCAACGCCUUCCCCAAGGAGUACAUCCCCACCGUGUUCGACAACUACAGCGCGCAGAACACGGUGGACGGCAGGACUAUUAACCUAAACCUGUGGGACACGGCCGGCCAGGAGGAGUACGACCGCCUGCGGACGCUUUCCUACCCCCAGACCAACGUCUUCAUCAUCUGCUUCUCCAUCGCCAGCCCGCCCUCCUACGAGAACGUCAAGCACAAGUGGUACCCUGAGGUGUGCCACCACUGCCCCAGCGUGCCCAUCCUCCUCGUCGGCACCAAGAAGGAUCUGAGGAACAACCCCGAGACCAUGAAGAGGCUCAAGGAGCAGAACCAGGCGCCCAUCACCACCCAGCAGGGCAUCAGCCUCUCCAAGCAGAUCCGCGCCGUCAAGUACCUGGAGUGCUCUGCGCUCAACCAGGAGGGCAUCAAGGAUGUGUUCACCGAGGCCGUGAGGGCCGUGCUCAACCCCGCCCCGGCCAAGCCCAAGAGGCCCUGUGUGCUCUUGUGACGGGGCUGCCCACAGACGAUCCUGCCCCGGCACCCCCUCACUCCUGCCCCACCCACCCCGGUGUCCCCCGAGCCUCCAGCUUUGAUAAUACAGACCUCGUUUGCACUAACUGUGCCCGCCCCGGGGGCACCGGGGCCGCCCCACCCCGCCCCGGCUGUCAGCGUUCUCUGGUGCCGCCUCUGCCGUCCCGGCACAGCAACGCUUCCUGAGAAGGGGGUGCCCGGGGUGGGCCAACCCCACCGCAGCCCUGAGCACCCUGCUGGGACCUGUCACCCCGAGCCCUCCACGGGGACCUGCCACCUCCACGCUCUGCACCAGCUGGGGCACAGGGGGUCCCCAGCCCUCUGUGCCAGCCCUGGCACUCGCCCAGCCCGGAGCAUCUUGCUGGCACUGCCCCAUGGGAUCCCGGGGAUACCCUGGGAUCCCGGUGGUGGAACCAGGGCUCCUGGGAGGUGUUUGGGGUGAGGUGUCCCCCCACACCAGGGACCUGCAGCCCUGCUGAGGGCAGAGCCAGUGUGGCCAGAGGAGAGAGUUCCUGCCCUGGCUGGUGCUGGAGCUCCACAGGGAAGGACUCACCUGUAACCAGCUGCCCCCGAGGUUGCUUCUCCUUAAAUAAAAACCUGCCCAGACCCCUGUGUCCUGUGCUCUCCCAUGUGCACCCACCUUUCCUGGGCAUAGGGACACUCCCUGGAGGGACAUGGGUGUCACCAGCCCGAGCUGGGCUGGGACCCCUCACCGGGCCAGGGCAAAGCUGAGGGUGCUCAUGGUGCCUGCCAGGGCUCUCUUCCAGGGGAAACUGCCAGGGGAAGCUUGGGAUGUCCCUGCCACGGCCAGUCCUGACCCCACCAUCUCUGUGCCCAGCUGAGCUCACACCUGGGGGCUUGGGGACAUUGUAAGGGACAGGAACAGGGACAGUGCAGGAGGUGGCCAUGGGGCCAUUGCACUAUGUGGGAAUGGGGACAUUGCAGGAAUUGGCACACGAGUGGGGUCCCCACCUGGGCAGCCCCCACCCACCCCAGCCCCGUCUCUGGGGUGGCAGAUGGAGGGCAGAGCCCUGUGUUGCCAUGCC